AUGACGGUUUCAAAGAGCACCAAGAUGAUACAUCUUCUCAACUUUAGGUUAAGAGUCAUUCUGCUGGACAGAUGCAUUAUGACAGGACAUAUGCUUGCCUUUGACAAGCAUAUGAAUUUGGUGUUGUCAGAUUGUGAAGAGUUCAGAAAGAUCAAGACGAAGGCAGGCUCCUCGGGCACAGCAGCACAGGAACAGGAGCAUAAGCGGACACUGGGGUUAGUUAUCCUCCGUGGAGAGACUAUUGUCAGCAUGAGGGUUGAAGCACCUCCCCCCACUCUCGAGGGUCAGCAGGCUCGGCUUCCGCAGGUUUAUGCAGGAACAGGAAUGGCGGCGCCCGCUGGACAAGCACCUUUUGGUUUGGCUGGACCUGUUCGAGGAGUUGGAGGACCUGCCUCAGGAAUGAUGCUGCCUCGCCGAUCCGCAAUUGUUGCACCUCCUUUCGCAUAUGGUCGAGGUAUCCACCCAAGAGCUGUCCCUCCACCAGGAUUUAUCUUUCCAUCUGGAGUGCCUCCAGGAGGAUUUCACCCAAUGGGAAUGGGUCUACCUCGUCCUCCGCCACCGUCAGGUAUGCCUCAGCCAGGCGUGAUCCCCCCGUUUUCUUUUCUCCCGAUGGGCCAACCUGGAGUUCCGCCACUUGGAUUCCGAUCAAUGGGUCAGUCCAAUGCACCUCCAACUGGUGUUCCAGCGCUUGGUGCUCCGCCAGCUGGAUUCUGUCCAGGCAUGCCUCCAUUUGCUUCCCCUCAAGGUUUCCGUCCGGGUCAACCGCUCGCAGGGACAUACCCCUUGAACCCUCGCGAUCUCCACCGUCUCACCAGGGUAGGAGGUCCCACUGAGAUCGUCUUUCACACUGUCCAGACCGGUGUCAGCAUCCUUGCCCUCUACAACAUCGUCUCGACAAUCCACUUUCAGCUCAUCGACGGGUACUUUUCCCCUACUGCCUGGUUCCUCCUCCUGGCUUGCCUUUUUUCUAUCACCACUGCGGUCGGGUAUGGUCUGUUGGCAUGGUGGACUCGUACAGCAAGCGUGCAGGAGGAGAUCAAGAUGUCUGUCCGAUUGGCACAUACCGCAGCGAUCGAGGCUGCACACGUACAGGCACAGGUGCAGGCUCACGCAGCGCAGGGAAACACACGAGCCUCGUCGUCCUCCCUUUGGUCAUUGGCAGAGAAGAGCAACAGUCCGACCAGCAGCAGCAGCAAUGGUGCUUUGACCCCUGGCCGUCGGAGCAAGAUCCUCCGAGUAUCCGCAUUUGUGCUUUGCCCGCUACCGAGGGUAUGUAUCCUUCUGGGACUGGUCGCUUUGACCCUGUUGGCAUCCAUCCUCCAGGGCUAUCGAAUCCGCAAAGGAAUUCGUUGUUUGUUGUAUGAUGAGCCCUUGAGGGGGUUCUGUCGGUCGACCAAGAGCGCUGUUGGAGCGGUGUUCCUGGAGAGCGUGCUCUGGCUCUGUUGGUUUGCGUUCUGGUUCUUUGUCUCGUUCCACAAGGCACCACGGCCGGACGAGAUGGAGAUUGGCGACGAUGGUUGCAGUGUUGUCCGGAUGGGCUUGUCUCAACACACUGUGGCUCCGACUGCUGGCGCUGCUAACGACAACGGAGGAGGGAGGAGGGGCGAUUCGGAUCUGGAGCUAACAAUGAUGCCUUCAGGUCCGGUGCAAUGGAAUCAAUCAGGGAGCGUAUACAGUCCAGUCACUCCAAUUCCUACUGCUGCUGUCGGAUGGCACGAUAGUAGAAAGGGCGAUCUCGAUGAGCACCGAAAACAGAGUCGUCGUCCUCUUCCUACUCCUGAGAAAGAAGUGCAAGGGAGUAGAUCUCUAGCUUCAUCUUCGUCGUCGUGUUUGCCUUCGUUGUCAUCAUCGUCCUCAUCCACAUUACAUCCGGAUGGUCGCACCAUGCAGCAACGGCAGAAACAGGAUAAGAGACAACCUUCACCAUCUACGUCAGCUGCAGCAACAGCAGGAACGGAGGUAUUGACUCCUACAAGCAGAGCUGGAAAGGCUCAUCCUCCAGCACCCCCACGGAUCAAUACAACUUCCGCCGUCCCAAAAGUUGCCACCAAAUUCGAAGGGCCCAGGACAAGGGGCAGCCAUCAUUCGGGACCCCCUUCAACAUCACCCGUCUCGUCGUUCUCGGUCAGGAUGCCUGAUACCAGCGGUGCGAGUCCAUCUUCGCAUAGGAACAGCCGCAACAGCAUUCUUGUUCCUACGCCAUCGAUGACAUCUCGACAGUCGAACCGCAUGUCUCGAUCGUUGUCUGCCGAUGUACCGUUAGAUAGCAACAACGGCCAAGGACGAUCUUACUCAGCAACAUCUCUAUCCUCCACCACUCCUGCAACUGCCAUAACACGACCCCGCUCGACUUCACUCGGACCCUCCGGAGUCAAAGCAGCUAUCUCUCUCCUUCGACCUCCACCUUGCCCAUUACCUUCCGCCACCAACAACAACACCAACAAUAGCACAACGAGCAACAGUGGUAACAGGGAUAAGAGCGGCAAGUUUGGACGGAAUCGACCAAACUCAUCAGAGUUCAUCCUGUUGUCUCUGCAGGACCAACAAAAGGUCGAUAUGUAUUGGGAAGGACAGCUGCCAUACCCUCCACCACCACCACUGUCACCAACCUCACCGUCUGUGGGGGCAUUCUUUUCAGAUCUGGAAGAUUCGGAGAAGGAGAGGGUGUUGACGGGGAAUCGGAUAUCGUUCCAGUCGAGGCAGGCGCAGGUGCGAUCGUCGACCCAGUAA